AUGGAGAACCCACGAGAUAUAGCGAGGGCGAGCUGGCGGGAUGCCCAGAAGAUCCGCACAGAUAUACUGGCAAAGAUCUCGAAUCUCAAGAAAGAGCGGGGUAAUAUUAACUACACCACUCGGUUUGAGGAGGCUGAAGAGACCAUGGCCGAACUUCGCCUGGCUUGCAUGCAGGUUAUAUUCCGUGACUUCGAGUAUGGCUUCGACAAGAAGGUCGAACAUUCCCUGUGGCAGGCGCAUACGUUUCUGAAUGGUGAAUACCGAAAGGUCAUGAGCCGUUUGAUGUCACAGAACCAGGUUGUGCAGAGACGGAAGCUGGACAAGCUUUACCGAGGCUUCUUGAAGACUUCCGAGUCCUUCUAUCGUGUGUACAUACAACGACUGUCCGGACGCUUCUACAUCCCUGAGUUGCGCCAAGCUGCAUAUGGUACGGACCUGGAGCCUACCCAAGCCAUGUCCGACAACGUUCAACCUCCGGCUACGCUGCGUGCCAUGAUUCUCAAGUCUUGCCAGACUACUCUGGUACGUCUAGGCGACCUGGCUAGAUAUCGAUGCCAAAUAUCGGACAAGCUUUCGAAAGCGACCUUCGAUAAGGCCCUAGACUACUACGGCUUGGCGAACAUCAUCGACGCCGAGGAUGGCUCUGCUCACCAUCAGAUGGCUGUGCUGUAUCAGGUUCAGGGGCAGCAUUUAGACAUAGUCUACCACUUCUACCGUGCUAUUGCCAUCGCCAAACCACACGAACUAGGACUCGGCAACGUUGAACGAGAGUUCAAAGGUCUCGAGAAUUCUGCGAGUUCACGCAGGGGCCCAGUCAAGGACCCCUCUGAGGCCAUGAUUACGUGGUUUGUACGACUUCAUGCCUUCUACUUCCAGGGAAAGCAAUUUUCCCAGCAGUCGGAGUUGGAGGAGGAAGUCCUACAUCGCGUGGAGAUUGCAAUGAAGUCUGAAGGCAAUGAGGCAACUCUGCGCAAGAUGAUACUCAUCAACAUCGCAGCGUACGAUGUCGCUACAGACAAAGUAAAAACUUCUUGGACCAUGGAAGCAUCUCAAUCGUGUCAAUUUCUACUGCGUUUCAACGUUCGCACAAUCUUGAUCCUCCUUCGUCUACUAAAAACUGCGUUCUACGACGAAACCGUACCUGUCCCCGAGGCAGCCAGCAAAGACAACGAUGCCGAUACCACAAUCAGUUUUGGGCCAGCACUCAUGAAGCUCCUCCCGUUCCUCCGCAUCUACAUCUCUUGGAUCUAUAUUACGAGAGCCGACUUCAUCAAGUACCAGGAGUAUCUUGAGCCACACCUCAGAGAGGCAUAUAGCCUUCUUGCUGAUUCAUUGACCCUACUCAAUGUUUAUGUUGAUCCAACCCUGGCUACGACUUCUUCGAAGUACCUACUGCCAGAAGAUGCAGAGGCUCAAGGUCUUAGACCUCUCAACGAUCGAAAGUUGCCGCUCUUCCUACACGUUGGAGAACAAGAAGGCACAAAGCCACCAAAGAGACAGAAGACCCGCAAGCCUCGUCAAAUCGUCUUCGGCCGCCAGUUCAAGCCGGAAACGGAGACUGUCUGGCGCAUCAGAGACAUCGUCUGCUGCGGAGUGUUCCUUGCUGGGAGUACCAAAUUCCCACUAGGGCUAACCGUCAGCACUCAAGGUGAUCGUGAGAUGGAAACCUGGGUCUUUACAGAAGACGGCCCGUUGCCAGUCUACUCUGAUGAAGCCAGCAUGGCUCGCAUCAUGAGCAAACUCAGUCCCGGCGAUCCAAAGGCAGCUCCUGAACGUACUGUCCACAAGGGACCCGACUCGUCAGCAGCUGGCAUGGCUUCUGUUAGACCGAUUCAAGCCAAUAUGGAUAAUAUUACCGAGCCCAUCGUCAAGCCAGAUGGUCUACUGGACAAAGGCAAAUCCCUCGAGAACCCACCGCCAGCUUUUCUCGAUGCUGAUCUCAGUGAAGACAGUGAGAUGAUCAACAUGGUUAACAAGCUUUUGGACCCAAUGGAUGAUGAUCGGCCCCGGUCGAGCCAGACUCAGGCCGAACCAAGCUACGGUAUGAAUUCUUCCACGGCGAACGAGGUCUUUGGUCUUCUGGACGCGAGCCCGGCUCAGCCUUCCCCUGUCUCCAAGACGAUUCCAAAUCUUCCAUGGGGGUAUUUCUACACUCCCACCCCACACCGGUCAACCAGCCAAGGCCAGAAUCAGCUGGGUCCCGAUCAGGCCUACGUACCGCGGAGUGCAACCGCCCAGUUCGAUGGCUCCGACUCGUCCCCAUAUUUGAAUGACCUAGACAACCCCCUUAAUCAGCCUAAUCGCGAUGCCUUUUCGCCUCGAACUGGCGCGACAUAUGCAGCCCCUGGGCCGGCCCUCAAGACGUCGAGCGGCGGUAACUCUCCUCAGGAUGAAUACGACGCGUACAUGCAAACUUCGCGCAAUGCCGUUCUCGAUAGCUUGACUUCGGCUUUGUACGCCCAACACGGCCUGAGUUCACCGGGCACAUCUCAUCUGAACAACAAGCUUGCGCCAAGCCAUAUGGAACGUUCAUCAAGCCGCCAUGACACCAGCGCUAGAAUUCAAAGCCCCAUAGGCCAAGGCCGACCAAGUGCGAAUCAAGGUUCUUUCCCACGCCUCAAGCAACAGUACGCCAAGCCCAGCAACAUCGGAGAUGUGCAGCCACUUGGUCCUUUUCAAAGGCAGCGAGAUGCAUCUGCCAUGGCCUAUCAGCAGGAGUACCAGUCGUACUCACCUUGGCUCCCCGAGCCUGCCGCAACUGGCUCUUCUCUCGCGUUUUCGCAUCCGAGUAGCCUCUAUGGCGGUACCCCAGCCCACCGCUCCCCUUCUCAAUCAGUUGCUUGCAACGGGAACAUGUUCAGUGCAAGCACACCAUUUGGCCGACUAGGCGGGGGGACCAAUAAUCGCGAUGAGCCUACACACUUUCGGAAUCAGCUCAAGGAGGCUACAGGCUCCGCCGAGCUGUCCUACGACCAGCAAAUUCUUCAGGCUGCCCUGAUGAAUAAUCUCACCAAACCACGUCCCAAGUGA